ACUCAGAGGGUGGUUGGGUGCUGGAACAGGCUCCCCAUGGAAGUGGUCACAGCACCAAGCCUGAGUUCAAGAAAUGUUUGGACAAUCCCCUCAGGCACAUGGUGUGAUUCUUGGGGAUGGUCCUGUGUAGGGCUAAGAGAUGGACUUGAUCCCUGUAGGUCCCUUCCACUUUAGUAUAUUCUGUGAUUCUGUAAUUCGCAAAAUGUCAUUCAGGCUUCUUGAUGAACUGAAACUGUGGAAAGACAUAAAAGAAACCUCAGGAGUACAAAGGGGUACUUGAUGUGAUAUUGUUCUUACAAUAUCUAAAGCAAGUUUUAGAUGUUUCACACAAUAAAGACUGUGGUGUUAAUAAAAAAAAUUAUAAUUUUAGUAAAAAUAUCCUUUUAUGACUGACAAUGUAGGGAAAAUGUUGCUUAAAUAAUAAUGGAAAAUUUAGAGAUGCUAGGCUGUGUCUGUCCUAGGAGAUAGAGACCAGCAAGAGUGGAAAAUUCCAGCAGCUUCAUCAGUCUGAAGGCUUAGAUGGCAAUAUCAAUAUUUUGCUGCUGCUCAGACUGUAUUUGCUGAAUCAGAACAUUGGACCAAUCAUGGUUAGCUUUGUCUGAGUGUUUAGAUAGCAAUUUGUUUAAUUUCUGCGUGGUAACCUUUUCCUAGGAAAGUAUUGAUGUACAGCUAAAAACUGAACACCCCUGGGUGAGCGCCCUUGGUUGAAGGCAAACACAUGCUUAAGUGACUUGCUGGACUUGAGCCCAAGGGCCUUGUUCAUGAUUAUGGCUCUGUUUCCCGUUGUACUCACGUUCUGUCAUCAAAUGUAGCACUAGCCAAGCAUCUCUGCCUAACGAUACAGCAGCCCUGUCAUUUUGCUCAUAAUUUGGAGUUAUGUUUCUUGCCCAGUAUUUCUAGAAGCAGCCAACACGGGGCAAAGGAAUUAGCAGCGUGUCUCCUAAAUAUGUUAAGAUGUUGAUGGCACUGAAUCAGACAGACCAAUAGGUCUUUACAAACCUUCUGGCUAGUUUUAAAAUUGUGCACAUCUACUGAUUCCUGUUUUCAUGGGUGCAGAUUGAGAACAGCAGUAAGUGGCACAUCCAUUGAAAUAAUAAUUGUUCGUAAGUAGUGAAUUGUGCAUCCUUGAGAUGCUCUCUGGAAAAAGAAGCCUCUGAAACUGAGGAAAAAACAGGUGGAUGAAUGCAGGAAGCAAGUGAACUAUCUGGAAGAAAGAAGUGGGUUUCUCAGUGUUAAAAUCUGAGUUCUGCCUUUUGGAGAUGGAUAUGCCAGUGUGUGAGUAAGCAGGAAGUAACUCAGCAAUAAUGUCCCUCCAACAGUGAUGUAUUCUUUAAAAACUGAGGGAAAAUCCAGUCAGGUUUUUCAGUGAAGACUGUGGAACUGUUCUUCCUUGACUCCUGCUGUGUGAGAUCAGCUAUGGAACAUGCUAAGGAACAUGAAGCAUGUCCUGAACAAACUCAGAGGUAUUGUGUAGAGAGACCAGUAUAUAACCAAGAGCUCUUGCAAGGACAGCUGCACAGGCGACAAAGAUCACCUCAGACUUUAAAGCAGAAGAUUGCACAUUCUUGUCGUUGUACUUCUAAGAAAGCCAAGUCUCAUCUUUACAGUUUCUUACCAAUUUUAAAAUGGCUUCCUCGUUACCCAGUGAAGGAAUACUUAUUAGGAGACAUUAUCUCAGGUGUAAGCACUGGAGUUAUGCAGCUUCCUCAAGGUUUAGCCUAUGCUCUGCUGGCAGCUGUUCCCCCAGUGUUUGGCCUAUAUUCUUCAUUUUAUCCUGUUUUUCUAUAUACCUUUUUUGGAACGUCCAAGCACAUAUCAAUAGGCACCUUUGCUGUGGUUAGUAUGAUGGUUGGUGGUGUUGCUGUGAGAGAAGUGCCUGAUGAAAUGAUUUCUCUGGACUAUAAUUCUACUAAUGUUACAGAUGCUAGGGAUGCCAAAAGGGUGCAGGUAGCCGUGACUCUCGCCUUUCUUUCAGGAAUUAUCCAGUUGUGUUUAGGUUUCCUUCGAUUUGGAUUUGUGGCCAUCUAUCUAACAGAGGCUCUGGUGCGAGGAUUUACUACUGCAGCUGCAGUUCAUGUCUUUACUUCUCAAUUAAAAUAUUUCCUUGGCAUCAAGACUAGCAGAUAUAGUGGACCUCUCUCAGUUGUAUAUAGCAUAGCUGCUGUGCUUUCAAAUAUAACAAUGACCAAUAUUGCUGCCUUGAUUGUUGGAUCAACGUGCAUUGUUCUGUUGCUGAUUGGCAAGGAAAUCAAUGACCGGUUUAAGAAGAAGCUCCCGGUUCCUAUUCCCAUGGAGAUCAUUGUGGUCAUUAUUGGCACAGGAGUUUCAGCUGGAAUGAAUCUGAAUAAGUCAUACAAAGUUGAUGUUGUUGGGAAUAUUCCUCAAGGGUUACGUUUACCAGCAGUUCCCGAGAUUCAGCUCAUCCCAGCAAUAUUUGUGGAUGCACUAGCAAUAGCAAUAGUUGGAUUUUCAAUGGCUGUAUCAAUGGCCAAGAUCUUUGCCCUUAAACAUGGUUACACCAUCGAUGGGAAUCAGGAACUUAUUGCCUUGGGAAUAUGCAAUUCUGUGGGGUCGUUUUUCCAAACCUUUUCAGUCACCUGUUCAAUGUCUCGGAGUCUUGUUCAGGAAAGCACCGGUGGAAGAACUCAGAUUGCAGGUGCUCUCUCUUCAAUUAUGGUUCUGUUGGUACUUGUGGCUGUUGGAUAUCUCUUUGAACCUCUUCCACAGACAGUGCUGGCAGCAAUUGUCAUGGUGAACCUGAAAGGAAUGUUUAAACAGUUUGGAGAUGUCACACACUUCUGGAGAACCAGUAAGAUUGAGCUGGCCAUCUGGGUGGUAGCUUUUGUGGCUUCUCUUUUCCUGGGACUAGACUAUGGUUUGCUUACUGCAGUAACGUUUGCAAUGAUAACCGUUAUUUACAGAACACAAAGUCCUCAAUACAGAAUCCUUGGUCAGAUUCCUGACACUGACAUCUACUGUGAUGUGGAAGAGUACGAAGAGGUUAAAGAAUAUCCUGGAAUAAAAAUAUUUCAAGCUAAUACAUCACUUUAUUUUGCUAAUAGUGAGUCAUAUGCAAGUGCGCUGAAGAAAAAGACUGGAGUGGACCCUUGUGCCAUAUUAGCAGCGAGGAGAAAAGCCCAGAAGCGACAUGCCAGGGAAAUAAAGGCAGCAAAUGAGCACCGAAAGAAAGCUGUAUUGAAACUAGUGAGUUCUUCGACUAAUGACGUAGAAGCAAGUGUAAAACACGAGAUAGCAAAUGAUGAUUUACCCGUGAAUGGAAAAUUUGCAGAUUCUGGUGUACAAGCCGUGUCUCCUGAUGAGCAUGAACAUUUUGUGGAGACCAAAACCAACAUUCGCUCUUUAAUUCUGGAUUUCACCCCGGUGAACUUUGUGGAUUCAGUUGGAGCAAAAACACUAAAAUCAAUUAUAAAAGAAUACAAAGAAGUUGGUGUCUGUGUCUGCAUUGCCUGCUGUAGUGGCCCUGUUAUGAAUGAGCUGUCAAGACUGAACUUUUUUGAUAAGGCUGUAACAAGAGAGUUGCUGUUUCACAGUAUUCAUGAUGCUGUCCUUGCUUGCCAAGUGAAAGAUGGGUCUGCUUUCACAGACUGACUUUGACCUCUGAAGAGUGGCAUGGAGCAGAAUGGAAGCCAGAUUUAUGCUGAUGGAGACUCUUUCUGAAUAUUUAAUUUGCACAGUUUGAAGAGAGCCUAAGGCUGUUUGUAUCUACGGGUAUAGGGUGGUACUUAUUUUUUGUAGGAAGAGUGGAUAAGGAAUUGGAAGCCUUCAUGCUCUUGAAUGUUUUCCUUUAAUCAGGGUAUAGCCUUCCAACAAUACACAAGCACAAAAUUAUGCAAGAAAAGAAAAUUCAGUGUGUUCUGCUGCAGUCAAAAUCUAGUAGACAAGGUGACAUUCCUGUUCCUGUUGAGAAAAUGGGCACUUUAACUCACUACAAGUGGGAUCUUGCAGGAAGUAACUGUCUGCAAGUGCAAUACACUGUACCAGUGUCUUUAAAGAACUUUUUUAGAUAGCUUUUAAAGCCUGAUGUCAACAUUUGCAUACAACAGAUUCAUACAAUUUAUAAUAAUCUGCCAGCUGGAUUAAUGAAUUCACACUGGUGGCAUUUAACUGCUGCUGUUUUUAACCCUGGAUGGUACAGUUGUUUGGGUUUUUUUAAAGAUCUAACCUGUCUCAACUAUACUCAACUCUUCAUUUUUGCUAUGAGUGAACAUGGAAUCAGAAACUCAUUGUUUAAUUAUUACGUUAUCAAUAUGGUACUUUUACUGCCAAAACCUAGUUAGACUUUCUAGAAGAGAAUACAAUUGAUUUUAAGCUAAAAUUAAUUUAGCUUCAAAAUUUGAAGACAAAACUGGUUUGAGUGAAGUCUAUUUAAAUUAAGAACUGGUGCCCUAGAUGCAGCCUCUUAAGCUGGAAUGAAAAUGUAGAAACGGUCUAAAGUCUCAGUGGUCCAAAAAAAAAAAAAAAAGAAGUACUUUUCUUUUGCCCAUCUUCCAGUAGUGCUGCUUCUGCCUCAGCUUUUAAGUGCUGUGAGAAAUAGAGUUCAAUAGAACUCAAAAAUGUUACAUGUUUGGGUUAUUUAGAAGAAACAGUAGUGUGGGAGUUUUUUUCUGUCAGCCUGGCUGCUGUGGUACUGCCUCACUUGAGGUGUGAGAUGAAAACCAUGAAAAUGGAAAAUAUGCAAAAGAAAGAAAUCUUCAAUGUGUUUCCCUCCCAACAGUCACUGUGAAGCUCAGCAGAGGUAGGAAUCUGUCUCUCUGCAGCUUAUUUUGACAGCUCAAGGGAAGUGGGACACCAGUGACAUUACAUUUGGCACCCUCAAAUCACAGGCCCUGUACAUAAGGGAAUUCAGACACCUUCCUCACUUCUGAUCACAGAAUGUAACACUUUCAUUUUGCUUCAGGCUCCGUUGUGAUUAGGGCUUGCUUCAGGUAAACCAGGUUUCCCAAGAAUCAGGGAAGUCAGGGAAGAUGUUUUAUUUCCUCAGACUCCCCUGCCAAUUGGGAUAGGAAGCUUUCUGCAUCAGAAAUUGCUGCUUAGCUGGAGUUCAGAGGAUGAAGUGCAUGCAUGUUAACACAUUGUGUGUGCUUAUUUAAACAACUUUUGGUACAUUUUAUAAUGUUAACCAGGUCAACAAGCCUUUGUAUCUACAUACAGUAUAUUUUUCUACUUUCAGCUUGUCGCAGCUUCAGUUUUUAACUCCGUCGUCUCUUCAGUUCACAUUGAAAUUCUAUCAACUUCCAAAAUAAAGUGAUGUCACUUGUCAAAA